CGACGUGGAAACGCUAGGGGAUCUGGACGGAUUUGAUAUGUGGCGGUACCUGUCUCAAGGAAUAGGCUCACCUCGUGUCGAGAUGCUCUACAACAUCGACGACCGGUUUUUCAACAACUCAGCUCUGCGACUGGGCCGUUACAAGUUGGUGCUCGAUGGCACCGGGUUCAUGAAUGAGCGCUACGCUCGACCAGGUGGCGGCCGUCCGCACGACGACCUCGAUAAGUUGCUCACUCAGUCGACAGCAGCCAAAGUGCUCAGAGGCUUCUAUAAAAGGGACCGGCUCAAGUUUCCCAAGGGCUGGAGAGAAAGAGCCACGUUAAAAUGUGAUAAUCCAGACAACGGACGAUUUGACCCGAACGACGCGGUCCACCUGUUCGACAUAAUCGAAGAUCCGUGCGAAUUGAAUAAUGUGGCCACCUCACAUCCUGAGGUUGUGGAAUUCCUGAGGACGCGCAUUGCCGCCUACAAUGCCGAAGCAAUGCCAGUGCAGUACGAGCCCAAGGAUCCCGCUGGCUUUGCCGAGAAGCACAAUGGAACAUGGGCGCCGUGGGUUCAUACAUCGUGCGGAUAGCAUCAUGUGUGUUGUCUUCGAACGCAGCGUCAAUUAGCUUUGAAUGAAGCGUAUCUC